AUGGCUGGCACUCAGGUCAGGCAAGAAGACGUCAACGGUCGCACGGUGCUUAUUCUGAUCUGUUUGUUCGUGUUCGUCGUCUUGGCCCUGGCGGUGGCGUUUCUCGCCUACUCCAAAUCGGUCGAGGUACCAGCACAGACCGAGGAACAUACCCCCCUCUACAUCGACCGACCUAAGGAGAGUCCGUCGUUCCCUGAACCACAUAUCGAGGAACACCCACAACCGGCACCCACCACCGCGGUGCACGUGACAACGAAGUUGACACCGACGACGACGACUAAGAAGGUGCUAGAGUACGCGCCCUUCCUCUGCACCGUGUCGGAAGAUGCGGACUUCACGGUGUUCGUGUUCCCGCCGGACGGCAUGUGCGAGGUCAUCUACUUCGACAUGAUCUACCUCUACUACAAGAACGUGGUGGGGAAACCGAUGACGAAGAGCCUGCUCGACUUCCUCGAUCACUCCAACAAGCACACCAACCGGACUCAGUUCGGCAUCGGCAUUUCCUUCUACAAUUUCACGAUUAUGUACAACCUGCAGAGAGCAAAAGAUGUGGAGCUUGACAAGUAUCUUGACUAUAUCGAAGAUCACAAAGCCAACAACUACGCCAUGCUCGACUGCCAAAAUAGGUUCCAUAAUGAUUUAAUUGCCGCCUUCUACAUGAUAGAGGACUUUCAGGAGUACCACGCAAGUAAAGGUCAGCGCGUUGGCUUCAACCUGGUCGCCUCAAUAUACAACAACGCCACCCUGUACAACGGUUACCUUGAUGCUGGUCUUCGGGAGAAAACCCUAGAUUACAUCAAUGUACCUCCUCUCAAACAUCUGCGCUACUACGUCUUCCUGACUCACUGGCCGACCAGCGACUACGUUGACGGCGACCUCUGCUUCAUCAAGACGCCGCAGGUCUUCUUCACGCCGACGAAACCGUACACUGGCGUGCUGUACAAAGGCUUGGGUGAUCACUGCAAUAUGCUCGAUGCUUACGAUUACGAGAGGUUCAUGAGGACCUACCACCCCUUCUUGGACAGGUACGCGAGGGCCAUCACUUUCACCCUGAAGCCGUACAACGAGAAGCCCCGGUUCCCGGACAACAACGAGCCCUCCAUUGGUAACUACAGCUGGAACAACGAAUGCGCGCUCCACCCGCAUCCGCAGGGCGUGGAGUUCCAGUACCCGGCGGGCUGGAAAGCGUUUACGACUCUUGGUGAGAUAUGCAGAGACCCGGUGUAUAUCAAGAACCUUGACUGCCAACCCAAGGAUAUAGAGGACGGCUGCAUCACGUACAACAAGGCGCAGGAGAUGAUCGUGGUGUGGGACGGACCCAACUCCACGAGGACAAAGAUCUGCGUGACCCGGAACAACCUGACGUUCCUGUACGGCCUGAUGGCGUACUCGAUCGACUACGACGACUGGAACUACGAGUGUCCGCAGCUGAGCCCGUACGGCCCUUACAGCCGGUUGCGGCUACUCUACAAGCUGAACGACUACCUGCGCGGCUACUUCUACAGCCCGGAGGACUUUCCCGGCUGCAUGAAAGUCGAGCCCGAUUUCGUCUCGCUCGAGGACUUCCGCAAGAUCGAAACCUGGCCGGAAGGGGGCGUCUGAGGCCGCUACAGGACCGUGAGCUCGGCGGACCGAGGACGCGAAGGCUGGCGCGGCGAUAGACGGGGAUAAAAUGCGGUGUCUGAUACGUCUAGCGUAGCGAAUUUCUUUUCCUUGAGGAGGAAGCUUUACCUCGCGGGGACUAGCUC